CCCGGUGGGCGAGGGGCGCACUGAUCCCGAGAAGGGCCUGCACCAGCGUCGGGGCCACGCAGCCACCUGUGCGCCUCCUGCCGCUGCGGGCGGCGGUGGCGUGCCGGGCCGAGACGCGAGGAGACGCCGGUGGACCCGCCCGCGGCCCGCUAGGCGCACACACAGGCGCACACCCGGGCGCACCGCGCGCGCCCGCACAGCCAGCCGGCGGCUGCCACCGCCGCGAUGCUCUCCGGCGGGUCUGGGAAGUUUCCCGCCGGCCUCGGCCGCAGGCGCCGCUGCUCCCAGGUGUAGCGCCCCCGCACGGCGCGGGCGGCUGGGCAGCUCCAGCAUGACCGGCCAGAGCCUGUGGGACGUGUCAGAGGCCAACGUCGUCGAGGACGGAGAGAUCCGCAUCAACGUGGGCGGCUUCAAGAGGAGGCUGCGCUCGCACACGCUGCUGCGCUUCCCGGAGACGCGCCUGGGCCGCCUGCUGCUCUGCCACUCGCGCGAGGCCAUGCUGGAGCUCUGCGACGACUACGACGACGCCCAGCGGGAGUUUUACUUCGACCGCAACCCUGAGCUCUUCCCCUACGUGCUCCACUUCUACCACACCGGAAAGCUGCAUGUGAUGGCUGAGUUGUGCGUCUUCUCCUUCAGCCAGGAGAUAGAGUACUGGGGCAUCAACGAGUUCUUCAUCGACUCCUGCUGCAGCUACAGCUACCAUGGCCGCAAAGUGGAGCCUGAGCAGGAGAAAUGGGAUGAGCAGAGCGACCAGGAGAGCACCACAUCCUCCUUCGACGAGAUCCUGGCCUUCUACAACGACGCCUCCAAGUUUGAUGGGCAGCCCCUGGGCAACUUCCGCAGGCAGCUAUGGCUAGCGCUGGACAACCCUGGCUACUCGGUCCUGAGCAGGAUCUUCAGCGUCCUGUCCAUCCUGGUGGUGCUGGGAUCCAUCAUCACCAUGUGCCUCAACAGCCUGCCGGACUUCCAGAUCCCUGACAGCCAGGGGAAUCCUGGUGAGGACCCCCGGUUUGAAAUUGUGGAACACUUUGGCAUUGCCUGGUUCACAUUUGAGCUGGUGGCCAGAUUUGCUGUGGCCCCUGAUUUCUUCAAGUUCUUCAAGAAUGCCCUAAACCUUAUUGACCUCAUGUCCAUUGUCCCCUUUUAUAUCACCCUCGUGGUGAACCUGGUGGUGGAGAGCACGCCUACCUUGGCCAACUUGGGCAGGGUGGCCCAGGUGUUGCGACUGAUGCGGAUCUUCCGCAUCUUGAAGCUGGCCAGACACUCCACUGGCCUCCGCUCCUUGGGGGCCACCUUGAAGUACAGCUACAAAGAAGUAGGGCUGCUCUUGCUCUACCUCUCUGUGGGAAUUUCCAUCUUCUCUGUGGUGGCUUACACAAUUGAAAAGGAGGAGAACGAGGGCCUGGCGACCAUCCCCGCCUGCUGGUGGUGGGCCACUGUCAGUAUGACCACUGUGGGCUAUGGGGAUGUGGUCCCAGGGACCACGGCAGGGAAGCUGACUGCCUCUGCUUGCAUCUUGGCAGGUAUUCUCGUGGUGGUACUGCCCAUCACCUUGAUCUUUAACAAGUUCUCGCACUUUUAUCGGCGCCAAAAGCAGCUUGAGAGUGCCAUGCGAAGCUGUGACUUUGGAGAUGGAAUGAAGGAGGUCCCUUCAGUCAAUUUAAGGGACUACUAUGCGCAUAAAGUUAAAUCUCUCAUGGCAAGCCUGACGAACAUGAGCAGGAGCUCACCAAGUGAACUAAGUUUAAAUGAUUCCCUACAUUAGCAGAGACACCUUGUCCCUCUGAGUCCCACCUUGCUGAGCUGCCUCUUGUGCCUCCAGGCAGCUCUGGAUUAUGGUGAAAUGAGUCUUCCCAAACCCUGAGGGGAGAUGCAUGGGAUAGCACCCCAGGUCGCUGUUAUGGUAUUUAGAGUCACUUUAGAGGGUGGUGUGUCUGACACCAUGCCUUUGUACCUUUCAACAAAAUGACACUUGCUGGUCUCUAUUGUGGGCAUAAAAUGUUCAUCUUACUGCCAGCUGACUACCCAGAAUGCAAAUUUUUCUGUCCACUAUGUUCACUAUUCCAGUGCUUGUGCCCUGGUACUAUCUGUGAGUUGUUUGUGCUCCUGUU